UCUUACUUUCUCUCUCUACUCUUACUUCAAAUUUCCACUGUACCUUGCCCCGUGUGUUUGUCUACCCUAACAUUGACUCAAAGCUUUCACGUAAAAAAGAAAAAAGAAGAAACCCUUCUCUCCUUCCUUCUCCACAUGAUCAUUAUCAAACGGCUGGCAUUGAAACAAAAGUCCAAUCAGAACCUUGUUAACGUUGUAGCAUAAAGCAGCCUUAGAUCUAUAUCGUCCCCCGUUCUUUUCAAAGUACCCUUUGCCAUGUCUUUCUCUUUAGAAACUUCGCAAUUCCUUUUCUUUUCUUGCACGACUGCACCCCCACUCUGAAUUUUCUCUCGUUUUUUCUUACAUUUUCCUCACCUUCCCCGGAAAAUUUCCAAAACACCCAGAGUUUUUCAGGGGGUUUCUUUUUUCUGUGUGCCGUACAAAUGGAGACUAAAAAAGGUAACAUCGAGUUGAUGUUCAACCAGGGUUUGCUAACGUCCGCAUGGGGAACGCUGCUUACGCUACUCGCCUCCUUGGUUACGCUUCAAGCUGGGCAGCUUCUUUCACCACGAUUUCAGGAUCUUAUUGAGCUGUUGAUAGCAACCCAAGGAAAAAACCGAGAAAGUUAUUUGGGUGGACGUGAAUGUGAACCGGUUGAUGCUGAGGGAGAUGGAGAUGAAGACAAUGAUGAUGGUGGGUAUGGAGAAGGUGAAGAAGAGGACCCUUCCGAUGAAGAGGGAGGAGGAGCUGAUCAUGGGAACAGUCCCAAUGACGCAAAUGGCGACUCCAAGAAGGGAACUGAAGGAGGGGCAAACGGUGCUGGAGAAGAGAAUGGAGAAGAGGAAGAAGAGGAAAAUGGCAAUGAUGACGACCGGAAUGAGGAUGAUGAUGAUGCCCCGGAGGAUGAUGAGAAUGAUGAUGAAGACAAUGAAGGUGGCGACGAGGAGGAGAAAGAAAUUGUAGAAGAUGAAGAGCCCGAAGAUGAAGAAGAGGCAGAGGAUGAAGAAGAGCCUGUUCAGCCACCAAAGAAGAGGAAGAAGUAGUUAUACACUUUUGAGACCUGCUUCUUUUUGUUGCUUCAAUAAUGCAAACUGAGUUCUUUAACCACAGUUUUAUUUCAUGUAGCUUAAGCUUUAACUAUUGAGGGACAACAAUUGAUGACUUCAAUUUUCGUUCAUAUAUGCAUGUUUAGACAACUUUGAAAUUUCAUGUUUAAUUGGCAUUGAAGCCAAUCACAAUA